CCUCCCCGGAAAAGUCCGAGCCUGAGUCGUCGUCAUCGAGGUCGACGUCUGAGGCUACGACGCCCUGGAUGUUGGCCGGCUCGGCGGGGACCUCGACCUCCUCCUCGUAGUACUCGUACUCAUCGUCGUCGUCGUCGACGCCGGCGGCUGCGGCGACGGCGUUGACGACGGCGUCGAGCGCAUCACCGGCGCCUGCAGCUGCAGCGCCAUCGUCGGCUGCGUCAUCGUCGGCGUCGGCGACGUCAAUGUCGACGGCGUUGACAUCAGCGCGGGUAGUGUCUGCAGCGGCGGUGUCUGCGGCGGCAAGGUCGUCGUCGUCGUCGAAAAAGUCGGACGAGGCAAACGAGGCGUUGGUGGCGGCGAGGUCGUGGCCGGACGGCGAGAUGCCGACCUCGUACUCGGACGGCGGCUCGCAGACGAGCUUGGGCGCGACGCAGACAACAAUGUCCUCGUCCUCGUGCGGCGGGAAGACCGGCACGACCGCGGCGUCGGGGCCCUUGGGCACGCGGACGGCAUCCGAGUGGGUGAGCAGCUCGCGGAUGGCGGCGUCGCCGGACGGGCCGUAGAUGAUUUUGGCGUCCUCCUCCUCGAGCUUGCGGGCGAGCUCGGCCUCGGCCUGCGCCAUGCGGCGCUUACGGCGGAGCUUGCGCUUCUUGACCGUGUCGUUGAUGACGACGCGCGAGGGCCGGACAAAGACGCCGUAGGCAACGCGGUCGGCAAUGUCAAUCGAUUUGAGGUCGGCGUUGCGCUUUUCCUUGAGGCGGCGCUCGCGACGGCGCUUGGCGAUCUCGCGGCGGACCUCGUCUUCCUCGGUCGUCUCGCCGGACUGCAUGCGGCGGUAGGCAGCGUAGCCCCAGCGGAGGUGGGUAAAGGCGCCGGUGUGGAGGCGGUCGGCCUCGCGGGCGCUCCGCUUCGACUCCUGCUCUUCGACAAACCGGGCCAUGGUAGCCUCCAGUGCCUCGUCGGGCGUCCGCGUGUUCUUGGCGCAGGUAAAGUACCGCACGCCGUCGA